AAGAUCACUGUUAUGUUGCAUUAUGGGAAAUAUUUCUGUUACCGAUGUAAACAUAAUUUGACAGAAAUAUUAAGACCAAAAAUCGUGUGAAUAACUGCACAUGUUUUAACAAGUUGAACAAUAAAUAUAAGAAAUGAUGUUUCCCUAACAAACUGAGCUCUCAGAUAUGUUUUUGUGUUUCAAUUGAUAUUGAUUAAGGGCACAACGUGGCAUAUUGCAGGAGUUUAAACUUGUUGAGCCAACUCCCUCUAGUUACAAGCAUCUGAUACAAGUUAAAGAUGGGAUUUUUCAAAGCUUUUGUGAAGUGGCUUGGUUUUUCACAAGCAGAAGCUAACAUUAUUGUGAUAGGUUUAGAUAACAGUGGGAAAACUUCAAUAUUGAAUCAUCUGAAAAAGGAAGAACAAAGAUCAAUAGAUAUUGUGCCAACAGUUGGAUUCAAUGUAGAAAAACUGAAAGCAGAUUCACUGACUAUAACAGCUUUUGAUAUGUCUGGUCAGGGAAGAUACAGAAAUCUAUGGGAGCAGUAUUAUAGGGAUUGCCAGGGGAUUAUAUUUGUAGUGGAUAGCAGUGAUAAGCUUCGUAUGGUUGUUGCACGUGACGAGCUGGAAAGUGUGCUUCAGCAUCCUGACAUGGCAAAGAGAAGAGUUCCAGUUUUAUUCUUUGCAAACAAGAUGGACCUGCGUGAUGCAGUGUCUAGCGUGAAGGUAUCUUCUCUCAUGGGCCUUGACAAUUUACGUGAAAAACCAUGGCAUAUUUGUGCAAGCAAUGGCCUGACUGGCGAGGGACUUCAUGAAGGAAUAGACUGGCUUACGUGUGAAAUGAAAAAUCAGUUAGCGGCACAGAGGAAGAAAUAAUGAUAGCAUUUGUUUAGUGACUUAAAAUGGUGUGAAUCUAACUGAAAAGAACAGAUUUGAUAUUGUGGGACCAAUACAUAUUUCUCUUUAAUUUAUUACUGUUGUAACUCUUUAUGUUAGGGAAAUCUUUCUUGGUAGUAGUUACAAUACAGAGGAACAGAUAAGCUGCGUAUUUGCGUAAAUACCCAAUUAAAAUUUGCAAAGUACCCAAUAGAUUUAUUUUUAAUGCAUAUCAAAACUCAAACAAAAAGCCAAAAUACCCAAUUCUCAUCCCAAUGCAUGCGUAUCUUUGAAAUACUAAGUCAUUUGUCAGCGUGUGUCUACUGUUCGAAUAAUGUUAUAUAUGCCAGUUGUAUCAGUCUCGGGUACUCGAUAACAACGAUAUACAGUCUGAACCAAUCCUACUUUUCAUCUGUAUCAGUAAUGCGCUCACAAUAAGCGUCUGUUAGCAAUUUAAUGGCAUAAAUCAGGGUAGGAAAAAAUCCAGAUGAAUUAAAGCAGUCUAAGUGUAAUAUUGUAAUAUAACCAAUUUUUUCCUGUUGGUCUCAGAUUGGGAGAAGGUUGUUUUACAUAUAUUAAAUGAUACUAUUUCUAGUUGCAUAAGUCAUUCACCUGUAAAUGAAGUAGUGAGUGAUCUACUGGACCAACUACUGGACAAUUUGAUAUGCACAGUAAACAAAAAAUCUUAUAUAAGGUUUACACAUUCCAGUGUUCAUGUCAGUAAAAAUGUUGAGAGAAUGAAAAAUCAAGUAUCUAUGGCUGCUGAUUAAAGGCAAGUCAAAUGGAAUGAGAAUGCAUGGAAACCCAAUAAAAGUAAACAUCAUGGGGUAAUAUGUGUUAGAAUACCCUAUUGAUUUUAGGCAAUACCCAAUUAAAACCAAAAUGGUGGGGUAAUACCCAAUUCAUUCUGAAAGCUUAUCUGUUGCUCUGACAAUACAUGGAAUGUAUUCAAGGCAGUAAAAACUUAGCCAUUUAUAAAAUUAAUUGUCUUUUACUGAAUGAUCUCACAGUUCUAGGCUUUGUUUUGGAUAAUCAGCAUGAUCAGUAUAAAUUAAGAUUACAGUUGUGAGAUCAGUUUAUGUUAAUACCUUUUAAGGAUUUUUUUUUUUUUUUAAAGUUUCCUGUGAAGAAAGCUCUUUUUCAGAUCCUUUGUGAAAUUCCGAGUACAGCUCUUAGAUGAAUAUGAAAAUACUAUUCAAUCAGAUCAAACCAUAGUUUGAAGAUUAAAUGCCUCAGUGUUGAUGACUGUGAAUUUUAGACCUAGUAUUUUAUUCUAAAAGUUAAUUACAUUUUUUUAUCUUUUCUUUUUUCAAACUAUGGUAAGUCACUUCAUCCAACAUCAUUUUUAACAAGUUUAAGAAUUGCAUUUUUAACCUGUUUAAGAAUUGAAAUUUUGGUAAAACUAUUAUGUAUAAAGAUAAUUGAUUAUUGUGUCUCAGAAAUCUGUAUGUAUAGUAUCUAUAUUGUGAGCAUUUGCCUAAAGUUAUUAUGAACCUGUCCGUCCACUUGUAUCAUUAUUGUAUUUGUUAGCAUUUUUUUAUUUAUAUUUGACUUAGCCACGGAUUAGAUAUACAUCACAAACCUCUGUAAAAGUUUCAAAUGGAUAACAGCAUGGGUUUUUUCAUGCAUACAGGGAAUUUUUGUCAGAAUAUGGGGAUGCUAGCAAUUCUGGUAAUUGGAGUAAAAGGCAUUGUAAACUACAGAUUUGGGGGCAAAAAGAAGGAAAAAUGGAAACAUUUGCAGUAUUGCUCAUACCUGUGCUUGGGGCAGUAGUUGUGAUACUCGAGGGCUUUGACAAUGACAUGUUGUAGGUCUGGCACGGAUACUGCUGAUGUUUUUUCUGAAACACUAAGAAAGUAAUUUUUGUUAAAAAAUCUACAUUAAGACCGACAGAAUCAGACAGAAACAGAUCCCUCUGUCAUUUUAUGGGCAAGUCAUUAAAAUAUACUGUCAUAGAUGAAUUGUUAUUUCUUUCAGUUAACAUGUCAGUUUUAUAAUACAUUAUUUCAAUGUAGUACAAAAUAGAUGCCCCAUUUACCAAGUCAGUUUAUGAAGGGAAAAAGUCCCAGGUAUACAAGUAUGCUGGAUGUAUUUCUGUUGUUUUUUUUUUAUCAGGUUUAUAGUUUUGAUCUGAAUUUGUUAGCUGAACUUUUCGUUGACAAUAUAUAAAUUGCUGUACUUUCUUUGUAUACGCAUAUUGAAAUCUCAUUCUCUGUUAAACAUUAAUUGGAGUACCUACAUAUCAAAUAAAUGAAUAUCAUAUCUAUACAAGAAACUGUUUUUAAUUCACUUAUUUAGAAAAGAAGUAAAGUAUUACAGUUUACUCGUAUUUAAACAUUAACUUGGUGUGUCUGAAAUACUAUUGAAAGUUUUUUAUGAUAAUUAAUAUCCUUGAACAG